GGAAACAGUUUCAUCUACUUUCCUUCUGAUAGCAGUCUUCGAUCUCUCUUGAUUAAAUGAUGUCUGCAAAUUGUUCGUAAAUGACCUUCAAAUAAUGAGCGAGUGAUAAUGUGUGAAUUUAUUCUUGAGAAAUGGCAUUUGAAUUAAUAUAAUUGGAAUUCAUUUUAAUUAUUCUAUAUGCUCCUUAAGUUAUUCCAUUUCUCAACUAAAUAUUUAAAGUUAAAAAAAGGUGUGAAAUUUGCAGUUAGUUUCGUCGUUACAACUUUCUUAAGAGAAUAUUCACUAGAUUAAAAAAAAAGAGGAGAUUUUGAUAUAAUGCAAAGUGUUAUAAACACUGUGAAGGGAACAGCAUUGGGGGUUGCUGAGUAUCUCACCCCAGUAUUAAAGGAAUCUAAGUUUCGUGAAACUGGUGUCAUAACUCCAGAUGAAUUUGUUGCUGCUGGAGAUCAUUUAGUUCAUCAUUGCCCUACUUGGCAAUGGGCGACAGGAGAUGAAGCUAGACUUAAAUCAUACCUUCCAAAAAACAAACAAUUUCUCAUUACAAGAAAUGUUCCUUGCACUAGGCGAUGUAAACAAAUAGAAUAUUGUGAAGAACAGGAAAAAAUAAUAGAAGCUGAUGACUCUGAUGGAGGUUGGGUUGAUACACAUCAUUUAGAGCCUUUGGAUGAAAAAGCCUCGGACAUGUCAUUUGAUAUUCAGGCUGAGGAUGAACAAGAUAAAAAAAAUGGCAAUGAUGGGAAUAAUGAUGAUGACGAUGAUGAUGAUGAAGAAGCUUGUGAUAUGGAAGAAUUUGAAGAAAGUGGUCUUUUGGAUGAACAAGACAAGAGUACUGUAGCUAAAGAAAAAGUGAAAUCCUACAUAGGGGGUGAGAUCUUGAAAACAAGGACAUAUGAUCUUCAUAUUACAUAUGACAAGUAUUAUCAAACUCCUCGUCUCUGGUUGUUUGGAUAUGAUGAAAAUCGUAAACCUCUAACUGAGGAACAAAUGUAUGAUGAUGUCAGCCAGGAUCAUGCAAAAAAAACUGUUACUAUGGAAACUCAUCCACAUUUGCCUGGUCCACCUAUGGCUUCUGUUCACCCUUGCAGACAUGCUGUUGUGAUGAAAAAAAUUAUAGAAACUGUUUUAGAAGGAGGUGGCGAGCUUGGAGUUCAUAUGUACCUGAUAAUAUUUCUCAAAUUUGUUCAAUCUGUUAUUCCAACAAUAGAAUAUGAUUAUACCCAAAACUUUAUGCUUUAAAUUAGAUUUAGGUAAAUUAAUAAGUUAACUUUCUUUUCUGAUUCUCUCUAGCUUUCAUUACUCGUUAUUACUUUCUUUUCUUUUUUUUAUAUGAUAUAAAUUCAAUGAAAUGCUUAAGUUUUUGGUGCAUACCCACAUAAGAAGAUGGUAUUCAAAUUUGGAUUGUUUCAAUCUGAAUAUUGAGUUUUAUUCCUUGUAAAUUAUUCAUAGCCUAUUCAUUUUAUAUGUAUGAUAUUACAAUCAUAAUGUGAUGAUAUUAUUUUAACUGCCAUUCUAUUAAGUUUUUUAUUUAUUUAUGCUUGGUUUACAUGCAACUGAUAUUCUUAAGUAAAAUAACCUCAGUAUAUCUAUUUCGAGU